AUGGAGGAUUUCCCCAAGAGGAAACAACGGAUCCUUCGAGGCUUGAUACCCGAGGGAGAGUCCCCUACUUCCCAGGAGCUCGCAUGUGCGUGCGAUGAGGGUAUGGGCUACUUGGAGGGGAAUACCCCGAAGCAAGACAAAUCCCUCAAGGGCAGCGUGGAUGCGUUACUCGUGCCUAUUUGUGCGUAUUUGAAUGCCCAUCCCGAAUAUGUCACCACGAGCUGCUGUAGCGGCCGUAUCACUGCUUACCAGCAGGCCCACACGUCGGAUGGCAAGCGCGUGAAAAGCGGCGGACGGCUCGUCUUUGUUAGCCAUGAGGCCGUGGAUUUGUCGGCUGCGGAACGGCUUCUAACUGAGAUUUUGGAGGGCAGUCGCCACUAUCCAGAGAAGAGGACGGGCAAAGCCGACACAGAGAGAUCCGAGAAAGCACUUCCGGCCUUGAGUCACACAGACCUGAAGCUAGAACCAGUAAUCUUGCACGUUGAAUCGGCAACUGCGCCAGCAGCCCUUGCUUUACUAAGGGCUGCAAUAGCUGCAGGCCUUAGGGAAUCUGGCAUUCUCUCUCUGGGAAAGAGGAACAUUGUGGCAAUCAGGGGCAGCCAGCGUUUGGAGGCGCCUCUAACUCUUGGGCUUCGUGGAUCCUUGCAGCUGCCUGGCCUCCCACGGAGCGACGAGGGCGCAGAUCCUGCAGACGCGGAAGGCGAACAGCUCCUGCCAGGCGGCCAGAGGACCCUUCAAGGGUCAGGAGAGUCCUGUGGCAGCAGUCGCAGAGCAUCCGAAUGCACGAAAGGCGAAACGGCCUUCGAGCUAGCUUCUGGUUCCCCCCAUAAUGUAGGCCAUGCGGUUUCUUCAGAUAGCAGAAGUGGUGGUGCGUCGCAUGCAUUCGUCGGGGUGCGCGAGCGCGAGCUCUUAAAAGCCGUCAAGUCGGCCUUGGAGGACUUGGGUGUCUAUGACAAGACUCGCAAAGUUCAGCAGCUGCACUUCGAAGAGUUUGACUCGACGGAGCAGAUUGAACUCACUCCGCCGCCCCCCCCUAACUGCCCGUGGCUGGGCUUGCUGCCCGUAAAGAGCGACCUAUGCGACGGUUCUCUUUCGCAGGAACUGCGCGCAGCACUGGUGACGUCUGCAGGUGGGCUAUGGCCUGUAGUAACGAGCAACGCUCAUGGAAGGCGCCGCAAGCAGAGCAUUGCAGAAUGCUUAGAUGGGCUGCUUCGAGCGGCAUGCACGGCUCUUCCAGGCGGAGAUGCGUUGGUGCGUCGGGCCGAGCAGCUACGUAAAGAGAGGCUUUCAGGCGGCUCGCCUGCUCCGGCUGCCUGCCCCGCUGCACGCGGCGACCUCCUAAUCAAAUGGCCGGAAAAGUUUGAGAGGCCGCCCACGGUUGAAUGGCCGCCUUGUCCUGCCAGUUGUGCUCGCGCCUGCCUCGCCCUUUGCUCGAGUUGUGCUCGCCUCCUCGAGACUUCGUUGUGGCGGGCCUUUUGCAAAGAGCUCAGGGUUACCGCCGUGGGGUUGCAGGCUCCAGUCGAGGGGCGGAUGCGGCAGAGCCAAGCGCGCCUUGUCUAUGGAGACAGCGGCCUGACGGGCGUCAAAGAGAACGGCAUAACGUACACGCUGGAUGUAACGCAGUGUAUGUUCGCCUCGGGCAAUGGCACGGAACGCCUGAGAUUUCGAGAGAGCAUACAGGCCAGCAAAGGACCCCCUGAAACGGUGGUGGAUUUGUUUUGUGGCAUUGGGUACUUCUCGCUCCUCGCUCUUGCCUCUGUUCCCCCUACGAGGCUGAAGAAACUCUACGCCUGCGACAUCAACCCUACGGCGUUGAAGUUCUUCCACAUGUCGUUGGCUCCAAACCGUGUAGACCCUUGCCGCGUGACGUUCCUUUUGUGUGAUAGUUGCUCCCCGCUGUCAGGGUCUGUUGCAACGGCUCCCAGCGCCGUGGACGUCGCUGUUGAGUGCUCUCCUGCCGCUGCAGCGGCCCGCUUAGCCACUGCUACUGCAGUAGCCGACACGCCGGUGCAACAUAAAGCUCUGUCGAGACACUCGCAGAAUUCUACGGAAACAACAGCCACAGUACCUGCUGCGCUUAUGGGCAUCGCAGAUAGGAUCAGUCUGGGUCUCAUUCCCUCAAGUGAAGAAGCGUGGCCAACGGCUGUCGCGCUGCUAAACGGCAAAAGGGGGGGAACCCUGCACGUCCAUGGAGUGGCACCCCUCGAGGCUGCUGGAUAUAGUGGACAGCCGUUACCCUCAGCUUUAUAUGCGUACACCGAUGCAGCUACGGGAGAACAACUCGUGACUGCAAGCGUUUUAGAAGCAACCGGAGCCUCAGGAGAAUCGAUAGAUGGAGCGAUGCCUCAACAGGACAAGAGCCGACCCACGGGAGUUGGGGGUAACUGCAAAUUGGGGGCAUCGUUGCAGUUUGCACAGCACGCGCUCAGAAGUAUGGCAGAACUCGUGAAGACUAAGAUAAAACAACCAGGGGAGGUAUGGGCGGUGUAUGUACACCAUGUUGAGAAGGUAAAGUCCUAUGCCCCGAAGCUCUUCCACUUUGUUGUGGACAUUACUGCCUGUCCCCUCGUGUACAGCGCCAGCAUCUGCAACCGCCUUUAG